GGCUUUUUAAAAUGAAAAUGAAAUGGGCCGUAUUUAACAAAAAAAUCAAGUGGGCCGAAGCCCAAACAGCCUAACAGAAACCCACGCGCGUCCCUUGGGUUUACCGCCCAAGUCAGUUACCGUUGAGACCAAAGACCAAACUAAAAGCACGCUAUCGAGCUCGAACAAAACGUGCUCUCACUGCUCACUGCAAGACAACUUUUGGGUCCGAUCGGUCAUUUUCAUAACCAGUAGCUAAAAUAAAUGGGGUGCGCACUGCGCAUGGCCUCCUCCAUGUGCGCAACUACCCCUCUUUCUCUCUCAUCGUCUCUCCGCACGAAUCUCUCAUCGUCGCGUACAUCUCGGGCGCCGUUGAUCUCACUCCGAGUGUCACCAAUAUUCCAAGCUCUCUCGUUUCAAUCCGUUCGCACCAAUUUCAAGAACCCAAUUUCUGCGUCGGCAUCAGCAUCAGCUAGGAUGGCGGGUCAGAAUAAGAAAAUAGAGAAGUUUGAGACGGAGGAGGAAGUGGCGGUGCGUUUAGCCAAGUACACCGCAGAUCUGUCCGCUAAGUUUGUGAAAGAGAGAGGGGCUUUCACCGUCGUUUUAUCCGGCGGCUCUCUCAUUGACGCGCUCAGGAAAUUAGCGGAAGCACCGUAUAAGGAUUCGGUGGACUGGUCGAAAUGGCAUGUGUUCUGGGUGGAUGAGAGAGUGGUGAAGAGGGAUCACGUUGACAGUAACUACAAGCUUGCUCUUGAUGGUUUCCUCAGUAAGGUACCAAUUCCCACGGGCCAGGUUUAUGCCAUUAAUGAUGCACUUUCAGCUGAGGGAGCAGCAGAUGAUUAUGAGACCUGUCUUAAACAUUUGGUUCAGCGGAAUGUGAUAGCCACUUCAAAAACUACUGGGUUUCCAAAGUUUGAUCUCAUGCUUCUGGGUAUGGGCCCAGAUGGACAUCUUGCUUCUCUAUUCCCCGGUCAUCCUCUUGUCAACGAGAAGAACAAAUGGGUCACUUGCAUUAAGGACUCACCAAAACCACCUCCAGAGAGGAUUACUUUCACCUUUCCAGUGAUCAACUCUGCUGCAUAUAAUGCAAUGGUAGUGACCGGUGAGGGAAAAGCUAGUGCUGUCUGCACGGCACUUGGAAAAAGUCAGCAUUCUGAAACUUUGCCUGCUCAGUUGCUUUCAGCUGAGGAUGAGUUAACAUGGUUUUUAGACAAGAGUGCAGCUUCAAACCUAUAGGAGGAGGAUGACGUUGGCUCUGUGAGAUGUUGCACUCGCAUCCUAUGUAUUUGCGUGUGACCUUGGUAAUGUGUUCUAUGCUUUAGGCAGAAAUCACUGUGAUUCACUGCUGGCUUUUCUUACUAAUAAUUAGAACUGGUGACCUUCGAAGGUCCUCGGUGGUGGUGAUAAGAACUGAAAUAAGAUGUAGUUUGAUGUAUUUUUCAGUCCUGGAUACAAUUUUAUUGUCCUCCUCUCCCUCUCUCUAUCUUGUGGUUGGUUGCAUUGUAAGGCACAGGUUACACGAGUCAGAUUAAUUAGAUUAUCCUGACCGUGCCGUGCUUUGGUUAGAUCACUUUGUUUCUAGCAUGAAUAAAGUUAUCCCUUGCGUUUGGUUUA